UAUAAUACAGUAUUAGAGAAAUAUAUGAUGGAACAAAAAAUUAAGUUAAUCUUAUUUAUCAAAACUACUAUGUUUUUCGUUUUAAUAUGGAUAUUCACUUUUAACAAUGAUUUCGUACGCUAUUUUGUUUAAGGAUAUAUAUGUUAUUUAUGCAUUUCGUGAUGUAUUUUAUUUAAUACAGUUUUUUACUGCUAAAUUAUAUAACAGUAUUCAUUUUUUUUUUCUUAGUAUAUUUUUAAUAAAUAUUUGGCUAAUGAGAACAAUUUUAAUAAGACAUUAGAUACAAUAACUUAUAGAUUACUAUCAAAAUAUAAGGAAGGAAAAUAUUCAAAUAUUACACAGUUAAAUGUGGGUAUGCCAGACAAUGGGAAGUCGGAUAAAGAAAAUAUAUCUAUUAAUAUAAAAAGAAAUCAGUCUAAUAGUAGUCUAUUAAAUAAGGCUACAUAUUAUACAGAAGUCGUAGAUUAUAAUAAUGGAAUGUUUGAUGGAAAACAUUUCCAUUUUGAAAAAAAAUGGAUCAAAAAAAAAGAUUAUAACGCUUUUCUUGAAAAAAACAAUAGAAUUAGGAAUAUAACUUUAAGAAAAAUAAAAUUUAGAAAUUACGGAUUUGGAGUUUCCAUAUUUUUUAUUUUUUUCUUGUUGGGAAUAGGAUUACCCAUAUUAAAAGCACUACCUUCAUACAGUGGACUUGAAAAAAAAUUAGAUUUUAUGAAAAGCUUUUGGGAGUAUAUAGAAAAUAUUUUCGAGUAUAUAGUAAAGAAAGAAGAAGCUUUUGUAUUAUUUUUUUUUGUUCUUAUGAUUAUAUUAGGUACUAUUAUUAUAAUAGCUAUUCCCAAGAUUUUGAGAAAUAAUGAAAAAUAUAAAAAGAUUAAGUUAAUGACUGAUUAA